CGGAGCCAGGCUUACACCCAGUUCCGGAGCGUCGCGAGCCUACCUGGUAGUCUUAGCUGUGCUGAGAGUACAGCCCCACUUUUUCGGUGUGCAUCGCUGCGGUCGGCCUGCAGCGGAUUUCCACGACUUCCGUCUGCAAAUCAACCUGCGCUCGCACCGAAACGGAAACGCGACCGACACAGCACGACGCGCCAGUGUAUCCGCAAUUGCAUCCUCAAGACCGCCCAUCCCACCGGUUGAAUCUACAAACACACAGGAGAUCGCGCACAAUUACCGAUCGGAGUUCUAGAACAUGUCACAACAACCACUCUCGUCGUCGGUACAGCCGACCGACACCUAUGGCGGAGAUGAGGUCUCGGCCCUCGUGCUCGACCCCGGCUACUGCUACACGCGCGCGGGCUUCGCUGGCGAGGACUCGCCCAAGAUGGUCAUCCCUUCCUUCUACCACCACAGCAGUGGCCGCGACAUUUUCGGCGACCCCAUCCUCAUGCCCCGCGCCGGCCUCGAAGUCCGCAACUACAUGAACCGCGACAGCAUCGUUGAGGACUGGGACGCCGCCACGCGCGUCUGGGAACACCUGCUGGUAGACCGCCUGCAAGCCCCGCGACCAACCCCGCCGAGCAAGAACCAGCUCAACGUGGGCGACGACGGCGACGUGGAGAUGGGGGAUGGCGGUGCCGCCGAGGAAGCGACCGACGGGCUCGAGAAGCCGCUCGCAGAGAACCCCCUGCUGGUGGCUGAGGCGAACUGGAACCCGCCGAAAGCCCGCGAGAAGGCGAUCGAGGUGUGCAUGGAGACGUGGGGCUGCCCCGCCUUCUGGCUCAGCCGGACCUCCGUGCUGGCCUCGUUCGCCGCCGGCAAGCCCACUGCGCUCGUGGUCGACGUCGGCGGCGCCAACACGAGCGUGACCGCCGUCCACGACGGCAUCUUCCUGAAGAGGUCGGUCCAGCGGUCGCCCGCCGCCGGCGUCUGGCUGAGCAACCAGAUCCGCUCGAUGUGGAAGAGCAACGAGCCCAAGGUCGACAUCGUGCCUUUCUUCAUGGUCGAGAGCAAGAAGCCCGUCGAGGCCGGCGCGCCCGCCGACGCCAGGCUGCGCACCUUCGAUUUCCCCAUCACCGACUCGUUCCGCGCCUUCGAAGAAGAGCGCGUCCUCAAGGAGUUCAAGGAGUCGGUCGUGGAGGUAUGGCGCGGGCCGGGCCGCUUCAUGGCCCCCGGCAACGAGGACUACGCGAGGAGUCAGCCGGGCCGCGUCUUCGAGAUGCCCGACGGCGCCAACCAGAUGUGGCGCGAGCAGCGGUACCGGGUGGCCGAGGGCAUGUGGGACGAGACGGCGGCGUACCCGCCGGUUGUGGGCGACGAGGCGCCCUUGUCGAAGGCGCAGACCAUUCCGGCGCUGAUCAAGGCCUCCCUAGACGGCGUCGACGUCGACCUGCGGCCGCAUCUGCUGGCAAAUGUGGUCGUCACGGGCAGCACGAGCUUGCUCAACGGGUUCAACGACCGCCUCAAUCAGGAGCUUACCGCCAUGUACCCGGGGCUUAGGAUCAAGAUACACGCGGCUGGGCUGACGAGCGAGAGGAAAAACGGCGCCUGGCUCGGCGGGAGCAUCCUGGCCAGCUUGGGGACGUUCCACCAGAUGUGGAUCUCGAGACACGAGUAUGACGAGAACGGGCCGGGGAUCGUGGAGAAGCGCUGCAAGUAAAGAGAUAGCUUGACGGAACAGCCUGGCGCCGACCAUUUAAAGCAGCCUGCUGUGGGUUACGGUCGCGGUGGAACAAGGCAAUGGAUGGGCGGACGACUGGGGGCGCAAGAGGUCAUUGGUUGU